UGUUUCUCAAAAAAAAAAAAGGUCCACCCGCCGAUCCCCCUCCCCGGCCUCACUCCCGUCUCGCGGAGCCGCCGCACCCAGCGCAACCCUAGAUCCGGACCACGCCUCCGGCCAUGGCGUCCCGCCGGCUCGUCUCCUCCCUCCUCCGCUCCGCGUCCCGCCUCCGGGCCGCCUCGCCGCCGCGCUGCCCGUCUCCGGCCGGGCACCUCUUCAACCGCGCCGCCGCCUACGCCUCGCCGCUGCGCCUCCCGUCUCCGGCCGGGCACCUCUUCAACAGCGUCGCCGCCUACGCCUCGCCCGCCGCGGCCCAGCAUUUCCCGCCUUCUGGGUCUAAAACUGCUGCAGAUGUGCGUCAAGAUACACAGGUCAACAUUCACAACACAAAUAUUGGUGCCACGAUGUCCAAGACAGCCGGUGGAGAGAAAUCUUCCAACUUCGGGCUGCCCCUUCCACUAGCUGCUUCGCGGAUCUUGAAGGAACAUAAACAAUCUUCAGUGACAAAGAAGAGGGAUUUUGUCCAUGUCUUACUGAAGAAAAAUAAGACCUUUGUGACUGUGACAGAUGCUAGGGGGAAUAAAAAGACCGGGGCCUCUGCUGGUUGUUUGGAGGAAAGAAAAGGGCGGUCUCGUCUUUCUCGAUAUGCUGCUGAAGCAACUGCGGAACAUGUCGGGCGAUCCGCCAGGAAGAUGGGUUUAAGAUCCGUUGUCAUGAAAGUGAAAGGAGCUACUUUUUUCAAGAAAAAGAAGAAAGUGAUCUUGAGCUUUAGAGAAGGUUUUCGAGGUGAAAGAGUAAGAGAUCAAUCUCCUAUCAUGUUCAUCCACGAUGUGACCCAGCUUCCACAUAAUGGAUGCCGACUCCCCAAACAACGCCGGGUUUAGCUCUCAGUGAGCUGGAACUAAAGUUGAGUAUGAAGAAGUCGAAGUAUUGAAGGUGAUCUGAAGCUUUUUUGUAAGCUGCCUGUUGUUGGUCUAGUUGACUUAAUAUGGACGUGUAUAGAGUCUCUUGGCUCUGCUACUUGAGUUGGUUUCUGUAUGGAUUAUGUUACUCGUUAA